GCUAUAUUACAGAAACCUUAAGAAAUAUCAAGUUAAAAGUUAAGUACUCUCAAAAUGUACAGCUUUCAUAAGAAACAUAACACACUUGAAAGUGUCAAAAUCAGGCCCCGAACUCAAAUCACCAUGAUUACUUAUCCGAUAAAAAUAGGAUUUCAAAAUUAGGACAUCUCUUUUAUGCAAAUUCAAGAUGGAGUAAACAACAAAAUUCUGAACAGAAAAGCAAUUUGCAAGAUAUACUAGCAUGUCACCACAAUGAAUCACGGUUCUAUAUAGUGAGUCAAAAUCAUCAAGGGUUGUAGGCUGCAGCCAUGUGAGGUUUAUUUUUGUUAGCAGAACAUUCUGUUACAUGACUCCCCAUACCUGUUGGCCUUUAGCCAUGGAGAUGCCUGCUGAAUGGAGCCACUGGACUGUUGAUUAUUAACAUGUAAUUGGCCACUAGCUGUACUAUGCUUAAUGGGGCGAAACCAACCACUUAACUUUCUCAGGUCCACUUUACUGCAGCAGUGACCUUUAACUCAUAGUUGAGCUAUGUAGUCAGUCGCUUUUCGAGUCAAAACUAAAAUCAAACAUCAAUUGAUGGGAGCAUACAGCAUGAUGGUAGUAAUGCAAGCAGAAGAGAUGGUGCAUAAAGGCAUUGCAUAUGGUGUUUUACUAUGUCCCUUUGCUAUAGUUUUUACAUAAAGCAUAUUUUUGCACCACACAUCUUUGUUUACCAGGAGAUGCUUUGUAAGUAAUCCCACAUUUUAGCUGUUGUCUAGUUGCAUAUAACAAGACCAUAUUGAGCCACAUCACUCUGCAAACUGCAUUUUCCAUUAACAUUAGAGAAAUGGCUCUUUUACUGAAACUAAGAGACAGAUGCUGUAACAAACAAUACUCAUUUAGUGUCUGUAGAAGCCAAACAGAAAAUAAUAAACUCAGGAGGGAGACCCAACUGGUUAAAGCAACUAAUCCAAGACAACAAAGGCAAACAUCCACUGAGUCACUGAAUCUACCAGUUAUGAUGAGGUAAGAGGGAUGUUUAUAUUGUAUACAGUAGGUUAAUGUCAGUAUUGACUUCAAGUCUAAAAGGAAGAAUUAAAUUAGCUUGGCACCAUCAUGGUCUUUGGUUUGCUGAGGGUCACUGCAUGCUGCCUAAAGCUGACCAUGCACUACAGUGACCCCUGUCCGGAAGCGCUGUCACGUCGUAUUUUGUGUUGAGAGUCUCUAGGGACCCCUCCUGGAGGAGUUGCCAUAUAAAACGAGUGACUCGCCCCUCCCGGACAAAUUAGACCCAGCCUGGACCGACGCGCCUGUGCUUGCGCUUCAUGGAUGCUUCAGCAGUUGAGCAUCCUCAGCCCUGCCCAGCUCAGCGGAAUUAACACUGUGACACGGACAAAUCUGACCGCUCUCUUCUUCAAGCUACAAACACUACAUAUACUAGAGUGUCUGCGAGAGCUGCCAUGGCAAACAGAGGGCCCAGCUAUGGACUGAGCCGAGAGGUGCAGGAGAAGAUCGAGCAGAAGUAUGACAUGAACCUGGAGCAGCGGUUGGUGGACUGGAUAGUUGCACAGUGUGGAGGAAACCUGGAGAGGCCGCAGCCGGGCAGAGAGAACUUCCAGAAAUGGCUGAUGGAUGGAACAAUCCUCUGUAGGCUUAUCAACAGCCUUUAUCCGAGGGGGAAGGAGCCUAUCAAGAAGAUUCCAGAGACGCAGAUGGCCUUCAAACAAAUGGAGAAGAUUUCUCAGUUCCUGCAAGCAGCUGAAGCUUAUGGAGUCACAACCACUGACAUAUUUCAAACUGUGGACCUCUGGGAAGGAAAGGACAUGGCAGCAGUGCAAAGAACUCUCAUGGCUCUGGGAAGUGUGGCUGUCACUAAGGAAGAUGGUCAUUACAGAGGUGACCGAGACUGGUUUCACAGGAAAGCCCAAGCGUAUCGGCGAGAGUUCAGUGAAGAGCAGCUCCGCCAAGGCCAGAGUUUGAUCGGCCUGCAGAUGGGCAGCAACCGCGGGGCUUCUCAAGCUGGUAUGACGGGCUACGGUAUGCACCGUCAGAUCAUGUAGACUGCUUACUAGUUAACCUCGUCCCCUGCUUCCAGACCUUAUUUUCUACUAAUACCACAAAAGUUGUAACCUUCUUUGUAGCACCUGCCAUGUUAACCUCAAUUUCCCUGGAACUGCUGCUUUCCCAAACAGUGUUCUGUCUUAAAAAAUGAUGUAAAAUGCUGUAGAUGUCCUUCUUCAGGCUCUCUUCCUGUUCCUCUCUUCCCUUUUGCGAUGUGCUGUUCCCUCUCUAGCUGUGUUCACUCUGUUUCCUUACUUUCCACGUCCAAAUGAUUACUUACUCAAAGUUAUAUAACAUCAAUUUAGUUUCAUAGUGAAUUUAAGAUUAAAAUCUCUAUACAAAAUAAGACAGUGUUCCCUUUCAACAGUGUUAUACACAUUUUCAAUCUGAAAUACUGUAAGUCACUUUUACAGCAUGUUGUAUGCUAUUUAUUUGUGUUUAUGUAUACACUUAUUUACAUUUAUCACUGGUCAUUGUUUUAGGAUGGUCUGUUACUGUAAUUAUUUUGCCUUAAACCUAAUGAAACUCAAUGACUGAAGAUGUCUCUGCUAAGACUUGUUGCAGUAUCCUCUGUAACCAAAUCAACCUCAUGUUGUGCCUGGUUAUGGGACUACAGAGACUGGGUCCUGAUAUAUUGGCCUCAAAUUAUAAAUGAGUUUCAUUCCUUCUGAGCCAUGCCCUUGUUAUUUGUUUGUUAGAUUAUAUCUUUGUCCAUAAUGUGUCCAUUUUGUGUCCAAAUGUGAAGUUUCCAUUUCUGGUGCAAGACAUUGCUUGAAUGUGCACUUUUAUGUAUUGUUAUGUUUAUAUUUUUAACAUAUAUUUUUAUCUGGAGGCUUGUGAGAAGAAGUAUUGAAAAAAUAAAGCACUGAAAAAAUAAA